CUGUGUGUACAGUUACAGUAUGUCUGUUGUACACUGACAGCCCUGUCUUGUGUCUGUGCUGUACACUGACAGCCCUGCCCUGUGUAUGUGUGUAAGAUGCACUGACAGCCCUGCCCUGUAUGUAUGCUGCAGCGGUGCAUGCCGGUCCUCGCAGUGUGACAGGGGGACGUUAGCGUCUCUCUCCCCCCACCAGCCCCAGCAGGAAGCCGGCAGGAAAGGAGGCCUCCAAUCCGGCCUUUCCUGUGCGAUAAGCGGCUCAGCUGCAUCCCGAGCAUCCGGGGAGGAGGCGGCGGCGGAAGAAGGCACGAGCUAUGGACAAGCUGACGGGGCCGGAGACAGCGGCUGUUGCAGGGGGAGGAGGCGGCGGCGGCACCGCUGGAGCAUCUGCUGCUAGGAAACCGCCCCGACCCUCCGCGCCCCCGUCACUGCCCAGCUCCCGCCAGGCCAGCGUGGAGACACUGGACAGCCCCACUGGCUUACAUGUUGAAUGGUGCAAGCAGCUGAUUGCAGCCACAAUAUCCAGCCAGAUUUCUGGUAGUGUGGGCACGGAAAAUGUUUCCAGAGAUUACAGGGUUUACAAGAGGCCCAACAUAAGGGAGGUUCAGGAUGAGCCCAAUGGCUAUCAUUCAGAGACGGAGGUCGAGCAGGUGGCUUUGAGAGAUGGGAACAAGGUGGCACAAAUGGAAGAGGCACCACUGUUUCCUGGAGAGUCCAUCAAGGCCAUGGCUAAGGAUGUUAUGUAUAUCUGUCCAUUUUGGGGAGCAGUCAGUGGAACGCUAACCGUGACAGACUUCAAAAUGUACUUCAAAAAUGUGGACCCUCCGUUCAUCUUAGAUGUCCCCCUGGGUGUAAUCAGUAGAGUGGAGAAGAUUGGAGUACAGAGCCAAGGAAAUAAUUCUUGUGGCAUAGAAAUUGUUUGCAAGGAUAUGAGGAACAUGCGGCUGGCGUACAAACAGGAGGAACAGAGCAAACUGGAAAUAUUUGAGAAUCUUAUAAAACAUGCGUUUCCUGUUUCCAAUGGGAUGCCCCUGUUUGCAUUUAGUUACAGAGAAAAAUUCUCUGUGAAUGGCUGGAAAGUAUAUGACCCUACAGCUGAAUACAAAAGACAGGGUUUACCCAAUGAGAGCUGGAAGAUCACUAAAAUCAAUAGUACCUAUGAGCUGUGUGAUACAUACCCAGCGGUCAUUGUCAUACCCACAAGCGUGGUGGAUGAUGAUGUGGCCAGAGUUGCAGCUUUUAGAUCCAAAGGACGUAUUCCGGUUCUGUCAUGGAUCCACCCAGAAAGCCAGGCCACAAUAACCCGCUGCAGCCAGCCUCUUGUUGGGCCCAAUGACAAGCGUUGUAAAGAGGAUGAAAAGUAUUUACAGACUAUAAUGGAUGCAAAUGCUCAGUCACACAAACUUAUUAUCUUUGAUGCCAGACAGAAUAGUGUUGCUGACACUAACAAGGCAAAAGGAGGGGGCUACGAGAGUGAAACUGCCUACCCUAACGCAGAGCUCAUCUUCCUGGAGAUACACAACAUCCAUGUGAUGCGGGAGUCCCUGCGCAAGCUGAAGGAGAUAGUUUAUCCAUCCAUUGAUGAGGCGCGCUGGUUGACAAAUAUCGAUGGAACACACUGGCUUGAAUAUAUACGGAUGCUCCUGGCUGGUUCUGUGAGGAUUGCAGACAAGAUUGAAUCAAGCAAGACCUCAGUGGUGGUGCACUGCAGUGAUGGCUGGGACCGGACAGCACAACUAACUUCUUUGGCCAUGCUAAUGUUGGAUAGCUAUUACCGGACUAUCAAAGGGUUUGAGGUUCUGAUUGAGAAGGAGUGGAUAAGCUUCGGCCAUAGAUUUGCAGUGAGAGUGGGCCAUGGAGAUGACAAUCACGCAGAUGCUGACCGCUCCCCAAUUUUCCUUCAGUUCAUUGACUGUGUAUGGCAAAUGACAAAUCAGUUCCCUGCAGCGUUUGAGUUUAAUGAGCUGUUCCUCAUCACCAUACUGGACCACCUGUACAGCUGUCUAUUUGGCACCUUUUUUUACAAUAGUGAGCAGCAGAGAGUAAAGGAGGAAGUGCAAACAAAAACCAUAUCUUUGUGGUCCUACAUUAAUAGCCAUGUGGAUGAAUUUACCAACCCUUUCUAUGUGAAUUAUGAGCACCAUGUGCUGUAUCCAGUUGCCAGUCUGAGCCACUUGGAACUCUGGGUGAAUUAUUACAUUAGGUGGAAUCCUCGGACCAGACCUCAGAUGCCAGUUCAUCACAACCUUAAGGACCUCUUGGCUAUUCGAGUAGAGCUACAGAAGAAAGUGGAGGAACUCCAGCGUGAAGCAACAACCAGAUCGGUGUCUUCCUCUUCUGACCGAGGAUCUUCUCCUUCACAUUCUGCCACCCCUGUACACGCUGCUGUCUGAUGGGCAGCAUGGACUGAGAGGGACAGUGUGAGACAUGUUGGCCUACUGCCGGUGCCCUCUGUAUGAGAAGGUAUCCUCUAACACAUUUCAGGCACCAAGGGAUCAAUACGAUGUUUCUGGAUUUUGCUCAUCGCUCCAUCUGCUGUAGACUGCAGCUGUGAGGAAGAAAAGAAGUAUCAUAUUUUUUUUCUUUUCAUUUUGCAUGCUGGAAGUCAUUCCAUUUUCUCUCCAGAUAGGACUUGUAUAUAUGAAUGCUACUGUUCAUCAUUGUUUACAGGCCUCGCACCUUUAUUAGCUGUUAUAGUGGAACAUGUUAUCCAGUGCAAUUUAAGCUUUAUGGAACGUUUUUAGUCAAAGCUAAGUUUUACUUCAAUUUUUUUUUUUUUUUUGAGAGAUCAAGGUUGCCAUAACUGUCGGCAGUUGAAUGCAAUAGUGUAACUGUAUAUUAUUGCUGGAAGAACUUUAAAGUCUCUAAGAAAGGGUCCAGUCCUGGAAGAGAUAGUGUGUUUAAUGUAAGUUAAAUUCCAUGUUGCACCUAUUUAAAAACAAAAGCAAUGCACCUGAAGCCAUGUAAAGCAUAUUGAACAAUUAAGUGAAGAAAAGUAACCAUAUGUAAGUUAUCCUGUUGAACCUAAAUAUGUAUUUGUAUAGUGUUUUUACCUCAGAAAAUAAGAAUUUUACUCUGC